CCAAGGGUGGUGCUCCUCCUUGAACUACCUAACAUGGAGGCCUUUGGCUGCGCCAUACCCCUCCUCUUUCUCCUUCUUUUCUCCUUAUCCCUUAUCCUUCCAUCCUUGGCCCUCUCUGAUGUCGAAGCUUCCUUCAUUGCCCACCGCCAGCUGCUUGCCCUUUCAGAGAAUGGGGACCUCCCCGACGACUUUGAGUUCGACAUCAAGAUUGGCAUCCGCUUCGCCAACCCUCACCUUCGUCGUGCCUAUAUCGCCCUCCAAGCAUGGAAGCAUGCCAUCUACUCCGACCCCCUUAACUUCACCGGCAAUUGGGUCGGCCCCGAAGUGUGCACCUAUAAUGGCGUCUUUUGCUCUCAGGCUCUGAAUGAUCCAAAUAUCACUGUUGUUGCCGGUGUCGACCUCAACAACGCCGACAUAGCUGGCUAUCUUCCUGUCGAGCUUGGCCUCCUCACUGACAUUGCCGUCUUCCAUAUUAACUCUAACCGCUUCUGCGGCAUCAUUCCCAGGAGCUUCUCCCACCUCACUCUCCUUCAUGAGCUUGAUGUUAGUAAUAAUCGCUUUGUCGGAUCCUUCCCGAUGGUUAUCAUUGGCCUACCCAAUCUCAAAUACCUUGAUCUCCGGUUCAAUGACUUCGAGGGCCCCCUUCCACCUGAGCUAUUCGAUAAGGAGCUUGAUGCCAUCUUCCUCAAUGAUAACCGCUUCAAUUCUCACAUCCCUGAAAACUUUGGUAACUCAACGGCCUCUGUCAUCGUCCUUGCCAACAACAAGCUUGAAGGGUGUAUUCCAACUAGCGUUGGAAGAAUGGGAGCUACUCUCAAUGAAAUGAUCUUGAUGAACAAUGGGCUCGUUGGCUGCUUACCAUGGGAGAUUGGAUCAUUGGGCAAUGUAACAGUAUUUGAUUCUAGCUGGAACUCAUUAAUUGGGGUGUUGCCGAAGAGCUUUGCUAGGUUGAUGAAGGUUGAGGAGUUGGAUUUGUCACAUAACAUACUCACCGGUGUCGUGCCAGAGAGUCUUUGUCGGCUAUCAAGCCUCGUCAAUUUCACAUUCUCGUAUAACUUUUUCAAGGGUGAGGCCAAAGAGUGCAUGCCAGGUUCAAGGUUAAUGGUUGUGUUUGAUGACAUCAACAAUUGCCUUUCAGAGAGGCCAAAGCAAAAGUCAGCAAGGAUGUGUACACCGAUUGUAAAUCGUCCUAUCAAUUGCAGCCGAUCCAAGUGUAGAGCUUCUUCUAGCCCUUCAAAGUCAUCGCCAUCUCCAAGGCUAGUGAAGCCAUCCCCAUCUCCAAGAUCAGUGAAGCCAUCGCCAUCUCCAAGGCCGGUGAAGCUAUCGCCAUCUUCAAGGCCGGUGCAGCCAUCGCCAUCUCCAAGGCCGGUAAAGCCAUCGCCAUCUCCAAAGCCCGUGAAGCCAUCGCCAUCUCCAAAACCAUCUCCAAAGCCAAUUACACAAGUGCAUCCUCCUGUUCGCUCGCCACCACCAAUUCAAUCACGACCCUUACCAUCUCCGGUGUACUCAACUCCACCUCUAUUACCAAGUGAUGCCCCUGCGACUCCAGUAAAUUCUCCUCCACCAUCACCUUUGGUGUUCUCACCACCUCCACCACAUCAUAAGGAGACACCUGAAACACGUGUCCACUCACCACCACCACCAUUUCAAUUUUCUCCAUCUCCAACUCCAGUAAGCUCACCACCCCCGCCAAUGUACUCCCAGCCUCCAACACAAUCACCACCCUCUCCAAUAGUCCAAUCUCCACCUCCUCCAAUCUUCUUCCCACCUCCUCCAACUUCCUUGCCACCUCCUCCAACGAUCUCACCACCUCCACCAGUUAUUCACUCCCCACCUCCUCCAGUCUAUUCGCCACCUCCUCCAGUUUAUUCGCCGCCGCCUCCAGUCCACUCACCACCUCCACCAGUCUUCUCGCCACCCCCUCCAAUUUCCUCACCACCUCCACCAAUGGUUCGUUCUCCACCACCCCCAGUCCACUCACCACCACCGCCAAUAGCAUCACCACCACCACCGGUACAAUCUCCCCCGCCACCGGUGCAAUCACCCCCACCACCGGUGCACUCACCUCCACCUCCAGUCACUUCUUCACCACCACCGGUACAAUCUCCCCUGCCACUAGUGCAAUCACCCCCACCACCGGUGCACUCACCUCCACCUCUAAUCGCUUCUCCACCACCUAUUUUCUCUCCACCUCCACCUAUUUUCUCACCACUGCCAACAGUUUUAUCUCCUCCUCCCACCCCCACUAAUGUUCCACCACCGCAAGAUGACUUUAUCCUCCCACCGGUUGGUGGAACAAGUUAUGCAUCACCACCUCCACCCAUCUACUCAGGCUAUAAUUAAAUCUAAUUAGUCCUCCAUUCUCCAAGAAACACUCACUUUUUUUAGAUAAUUUUUAGAGGAAGCCCAUCCAUUUCUCAUAAUUUGCCAUGCUACAACAAUGUACUUAUUUUUACUGUUUUAUAUAUGGUCAUGCAAAAGAGAGGCACAAGAGGCAGCAACUUGUAAAUCUAUCUUAUCUUCAUUUAAAGGAUUUUUUUUUU